AUGUCCAGUCCGGCCAAGAAGCGCAAGAGGGACGAUCCGGGAACUUCCUCGCAGCGCACCCGGAGCAUAGCCUCAUUCUUCCAGGGCCAGGCAAGCAGGCAGGCCGAGAAGACACCCGAAGCUCCCUCAGAACAGACUCUAUCCGAUGAAGCGCUCGCUCGCAAGCUGCAGGCCGAAUGGAACCAGGAAGAUGCGGCGUCAGCUGCCCAGACGGAUGGCACCUCCAGCACUGGACCUAUCGCGACACCGUUGGAGACCGGGGAUAACGAUCGGGAACCGACCAAGGUGCAGAGGAAAGGCAUUCUUUCACUGCAAUCAUCCACUGGCACCGAGGAUACUGUUUCUCUGGCCGUACCCUUCGAUCAGAAUCCCACCACAUUCGACAUAGCAAAAUAUGUUGGAGAGCUGAAGGGGCACUGGGUUGCUGAAGGUGGCGAUGCCUCAUAUGCCCUUCUUACCCGGGCGUUUGUGCUUGCCAAUGCCACCACCAGUCGCAUCAGAAUUGUGGAUACGCUGGUUAACUUCCUCCGCGUGUUGAUCGAAGGCGACCCUUCCAGCGUGCUUCCCGCGGUAUGGCUAGCAACGAACUCGAUAUCGCCGCCGUACGACGAAUCGGAGCUCGGGCUUGGCGGGUCCUCGAUAUCGAAGGCGCUCAAGAAGGUUUACGGGCUGAACAGCCAGGGCCUCAAGAGCCUCUAUGACAAGCAUGGAGACGCUGGUGAUGUGGCAUUCGAGGCCAAGAAGAGACAGAGUUUCACUUUAAUCAAGCCUAAGCCGCUGAGGAUAAAGGGGGUUUACCAGUCCCUCAAGAAGAUAGCUAUGAGUAAAGGAAGUGGAAGUCAGGAGGCGAAGCAAAGAAUCGUCGAGAAAUUGUUGCAGGAUGCUCGUGGUGCGGAAGAAAGUCGGUAUAUUGUUAGAACACUGGUCCAGAAUCUACGUAUUGGAGCCGUCAAAACCACCUUGCUCAUUGCGCUGGCUCGAGCAUUCCUGUAUUCGAAGCCGGAGGGGGCCGAAUUCUCGGUUCAUCCUCAGCGUGACAUGGCGCGGUUGAAGAAAGAGGAGCUGGCUGGAAUCUACAGCAACGCCGAAGAAAUCGUCAAGGCCUCCUAUGCCAGGCAUCCAAAUUAUGGCGAUCUCGUUCCAUGCUUACUCGAAGUCGGCGUUACAGAAGAACUGCUCGUCCGCUGCGGUUUACAAUUGCAUAUCCCGUUGAGACCCAUGCUGGGAAGUAUUACACGAGAUCUGUCGGACAUGCUGACGAAGCUGCAAGGGCGCGAUUUCAGCUGCGAGUACAAGUACGACGGGCAGCGUGCGCAGGUACACUGUGACGUGGAAGGGAAAGUGUCGGUCUUCUCCCGCCACCUGGAAAACAUGACAGAGAAAUACCCGGACGUCGUGUCUCUCGUUCCCGAGAUCAGAGGAGAGGGGGUGUCCAGCUUCAUUUUGGAAGGGGAGGUAGUCGCCGUAGAUCAAGAAACCGGAGAGUUGCAGACCUUCCAGAUUCUAACCAACCGCGCGAAGAAGAAUGUCGAUAUCGGAGCUAUCAGAGUCAGCGUUUGUCUCUUCGCGUUUGAUCUGAUGUACCUCAACGGCUUGCCACUGUUAGAUCGAUCACUCCGCGAACGCAGGGAGCUACUGCGGAGCCUCUUCGUGGAAAUCCCCAACCGAUUCACGUGGGUGAAGAGCCUGGACGCCACAUCUGCCGAUUCAGAAGUGGUAUUAGACUUCUUCAAGAGUGCCACAGACGCCAAGUGCGAAGGAAUCAUGGUCAAAGUCCUCGACAAUGUAUCCAGGUCUGACCUUGAACCGAAUGGGACACCGGCUGUCGACACCACCGAUACACCGGAGCAACCACCCAGGACAGGCGAAAAGUCCGAGUCGAAGAACGCCAAAGGCAGCCGACGAAAGGCUCUGCUAUCUACCUACGAGCCCGACAAGCGACUCGAAUCCUGGCUAAAGGUCAAGAAAGACUACAGCACGUCAUCCGAAACCCUCGAUCUCAUUCCAGUGGCUGGAUGGCACGGCCAAGGCCGCAAGGCCAAAUGGUGGUCGCCGAUCCUCCUCGCCGCUCGCAACCCCGAGACAGGAAGUCUGGAAGCAGUGACCAAAUGCAUGUCCGGGUUCACCGAUAAAUUCUACCAGGCCAACAAGGACAAGUACGCCGAGGGCACCCCCAACGUGAUCUCCCGUCCCAGCUACGUCGAAUACUACGGCGAGCCGGAUGUCUGGUUCGAGCCGCAGGAAGUCUGGGAAAUGGCGUUUGCAGAUAUCACGCUCAGUCCGACGUACACGGCCGCCAUUGGAUUGGUGAGCGAUGAACGGGGUCUCAGUCUCCGGUUCCCUCGAUUCCUCAAAGUCCGCGAGGACAAGUCGAUCGAUGAGGCUACUACUUCUGAUUAUCUCGCCUAUCUCUGGAGAAAGCAGUCUGAACGGACCAAGCUGGACGGAGAUCGCCCAGCUGAGACGCAGCUGGGAUGGCAGGAGGAAUUAUCUGUGGAAGUUGGUUAG